UUCCCAUCCCUAGUAAAAACAUCACCAGUUUGUGAGAAACAAAAUGAUGUUUAAUUUUCAAUAUUCUCAGGUAGAUUACCACAUAAUCUUUGCUUUCAAAAUAAAAGCAGAGGGAGAACUCCUCAGUUCUCAUGUUUAAUUGAACAAAGAUUCCUAAAAAUUGUACUUUGGUUCUGUUCAACAUCCUUGACUAUAGUAUAUUAAAUUCAGAAAGCAGUAAUGAUUAUCUAUCACCUGAAUACACAAAAGAUAAACCUUAUCAUUUAUUACUAAUUUUAUCCACUACAAAAGUGGAUACAACGUUUUGUUUGCUUUUUGGUGCUAAAGUGUAUACAUAGCCUUUUCAUUUUGAUUCCUUCUUUUUUUGUAUUUGUGAAAUCACAUCUCCACUGACGCGUAUAAAUUUCCGGUAUUUGACUUCUUAUUGCAUUUAUUGAGAUUAUGUUUUUGUUUUGGAGAAGAGCAUAAGAACCCAGGUCGAGCCACAGCCUGUAGGGAGGGAUCAGAUGCACAUUUGUCUGUUUUAUUGCCUGUUGUUUUGAACUUUAAAAGGCAAUUCAGGGAGAUAGAUCUAUAAAGAUACACUAAAUACUAAAGUCGAAGAGUCGUGAGCUCAUCUCUACACCCUGCAAAUCUCACUUAUAUUGCAUUUAGAAGAAAAGAAAAUAGAAUAUACUCCUAGGCCUGUAAAGAUUUCCAAGAUAUCUUGCUUGUCUGUCAGCAUCAUUGCAGGCCCACAUCUCUCCUGCACAGAGAUUACAUUCUUCGUAGAAAGAACAGUGAGUGCUGAGGAUUUAUCUGCACAGGUUUUGACUCCUGAGUCUGCCAGCAUCUGAGAAUUCGACAUCAUGCCCUCAAUGUCAAAUGCAAUCUUGGUGCAUUAAACUGAGAGAAUGUAUGAGUUCUGGAAAUACUUAGAACUUAGUGAUCAUGUAGAAUAAGUGAUGAGCAAAAUAAUACGGUCAAAAACAUUAGAUGCAAAAUGUCCGAACUUAACACUUAACUCUCGUCCUUUUAUCUACAAAUGUGCUUUUCUUUUAGCAAAUCCAACAAAUCGGCUUCAUGUUAUUACAGUGUUGUUAUUCAAAUCACACAAGUCAGAGGCACUGAAUUAUUCAAGCGGGAUAUCAAAAAGUCAUAAAUGGUGCAUCCCAACAUAACGCUAAAGAAUAAACCUCAGAUAUAUAUUAUUUCAUUUUUAUCUAUAUAAUUAUUACCAAUGUAAGUGAUGUCUGCUCCUCCCAAUUCCUCGGCAGUUGCCACUGCACAAACAACUCCACAAAGGAAGUGCUGAUAAGAUUGCUUUGUUUGUAUCUUCAGAUAAAGACAAGACUGCUCCUCUGGUCGUAGAUCGUUGACAGACAUUAAAGCAGGCUCUAAAAACUCGCAUUUAAAGGAAGAAAAACAGGGAACGGGACAGACCCCGACAUUAAAGACACGGGGAUCAUGGGGAACAGAUAAGGCAGGUCAGCUGUGCGUUUCCUUUAUCACAGUGGAUUUCUGGAAAUGUCAUUAUCUUCUCACUAUAGUUUGAGCCCCUAAAAUGCACAAACCAUGUCUUUAAACUGACGAAGAAAAACACAUGUCAUAGGCUGCACAUUCAGCAUGGAUGCUGUACUGUCUAGUCAACAUUGUCCAUCCUGUUCCUGCUCCUUUGCCUUGAGGAGAGAAUGAUGCAUGGUGCAUAAGAGUGAGUCUCACUGGCUGAGAGCCAAUCAGACACUCGAGUCACAAAAGGAAGACAGAGGUCUGGUGAGUGAAACUGGAGAGCUUCAUUGCAUUACAGUGCUGCAGGGAGAGAUAACACUGUGAUAAAGUGGCUCGAGGGAAAGAGAGAGGCCUUAGCAAGAUGACCACGAUAAGACAGCAUACAGACAUGGAAGCAGUCUGCAAAAGUAACUUAAUAUGAUUUCUAUCUGAAGAGACAGACGAGGACUUGCCACUUGUCAGGAUUAUCACAUCCUAAUGAGUAACAAGUGGGCCAAUCUCAAUUUGUGACAUUCAUCUCGCAAACACGACCUCAAAUUCAAACUCAUCACCCCCACGUGUACUGUACAUGAAUGGACUGGGUUUAAAAAAACAUGCUGAGAGGAAAAUACAAGUAAAAGCUUUUAUUUUCUGCAACCCAUGCACAGUAAAAACACGGCAACCACUCUUUGAUUAACCAAUAAAGCAAUCAUCAGUGCAAACUGCCGCCACGGGGAGCUGAUGCAAUCCUAGCACACAGCUUCUUCCUGCUCUGCAGCAUCUAGUCAGAUAAAUCCCGCUAUCACCUCUAGAUUUGCAUGUAUGUAGGAACACACAAACACUGGUUUGUGCAACUGUUCUUCUGAGGACACUGGGUUGACACUGUGUUGAGCGUUAAACAUUUAACUUUAAAAAUGAAACAGAUAAUCCUUGGGCCUAACCGUGACCUAACCACGACUCAAAUCUGAGCCCCAGAUUCAACCAGUGCCUUAAAAAUGAGGUUCAGCCUCAUUAAAAGCAGUUUCUUUUUGUGUCCAUGAGGAUUACGGGUCCUGGCAAGGUCAGUGUUUAUGUCAGAAAAGGUCCAGAAGAGGUAACAAAUACAAGUACACACACACACACACACAUGCAGAGCAGUACUUACUCCCAUAUGUGAGAGAGGGGAAGUUGAGUAAAGGAGGGAGGGAUCAAAGUCACACAGCUACAUACAACACAGUCAUUUUCUGUGAUCACCCCUAAGGUGAGGAGAUCACUCCAGGAACAUUCACAUUAAAGCCGAGGAGUUGAACAACUCUGGCUCUUAAUCCCGAGGGAGAGAAAGACCACCCCACACCGUUACCCCCGAUGCUGUGUGAAGGUGGAGUCAUUUGGGAGUAGAGAGCGAGAGAGAGAGAGAGAGAGAGAGAGGGAGACAUGAAGAGAGAGCAGGAGACACAGGGCAACAGAAGAAGACAUGGAUUAUCUGACAUGCGCCUGGACUGACCAACAUUCCUCUUUAAGACUUGAAUCCUGUUUUCCUGCUCUGAGUGAAAUCUGAAAAUGUUUUCCUGCACAUGUGGAGUGGAGCAGCUCUCUGACAGGUAGUGUGUGUGUGUGUGUGCAUGUACAUAUAUAUUUUUUUUUAUUAUUAUUUCACUGGAACUAAGGACAUUUCUACUGGGACAUCACUAACUUUCCAAAACUCAGCAACUGCCUGGAAAUACAAGGGUCACACUGGAGCGGCAGAGCAGUAUCAAUUGACUGAAGACUUUUUUCGAUCAUCAUUUUACAAAGAGAGUGGAAUAUCAACUUGAAACACAAGAGUGAAACCGGCAGUUCAAUACCGCAUAUAAUAAUUACAAGGCAAAUCGAAGCACUCGGACUCUGCAGGGGACCUCGACCAGCCUGUUGUGUGGAGGGCAUCCCUCCUUGCCCUUCCAGCAUUUCCUCACCCCCAGCAGCAUGUCCCAGGCUCUGAGGCUGCCACUAGCCCUCCACACAGCACACUACCAUGAUCAGAUGGGCUGCUGGAGGGAGUAAGGCUGCCUCUGCCUCAUCCUGCUCCAGGGCCCAGUUAGGGGCUCAUUCUGGCUCUGGGACUAAUUUCAGACUAAAGUCACCAGCGCUGUGUUCCUCCCUGACUUUGCCCCUCCUGUUGGCCCUGGUGGUUUUCUCCUUGUCCCUGUCCGGGGCGGCCUGCCAUCAGCUCCACAGAGAAAGACUGAGGCUCGCCAGCCCACGAACUCUCAGAGUCCCACUGAACAUUUCAGAGACUGAACUUGUCCUUAGGACCAGGAACGCUGGGGGCCCUCCAGGUCGGACAGGGGGGCCGCAGGGUAGACAUGUGCGCAGCUACCAUCAUCUCCAGGGGGAUGUACGGAGGAGGAAGCUGUUCUCUUUUCAGAAGUUCUUUCUGAGGAUCGAUAGGAAUGGAACAGUCAGUGGCACAAAGCGCAAGGACGACCCGCUCAGUAUCCUGGAAAUCACCUCGGUGGACGUGGGAGUGGUGGCCAUCAAAGGGCUGAACACCAACUACUAUCUGGCACUCAGCAGGAAGGGGGAGCUGUAUGGAGCGAGGGAGUUCGGCAUCGACUGCACCCUGAAGGAGCGGAUUGAGGAGAACGGCUACAACACGUAUGCGUCAGCCGAGUGGAGGAACAAGAAGAGGCAGAUGUUUGUGGGUCUGAACGUCCACGGGAAGCCACUCAAAGGGAAGAAAACACGCAGGAAGAACACGGCCACCCACUUCCUUCCAAUUAUGGUGUGAGCUGAAGAAAUCCACGGCAGAGAGGAGGACAAGCAGCACUGGACAGAGAGGUUUUCAAUACUGAUAAGCUGUAAAAUUUAAAAAAAAAAAAGACAUUCACUGGAAAUCUCUAAUUUGGAAACAAGGCACUAACACUGUUACACACAAAAUAACACAAAUAAGCAUGGUUUCUGCAAGUGACUGUGAUUGAGAUGAAGGUGAUAUCUGUGUUUUCUGUGGCACAGGAUGCCUGUCUUUUCUGUGCCAAACAGUUUGCACCUGGAGUUUGUGUGUGACGGCGACAACACGGAUGCUGCCCCAGCUAAUGAACUGCAGUAGAUACAGAUGUUAUUUAUGAUCCAUGUUUUCCUGUGAGACGUGCGGGGUGGGGAG